AUGGUGUUAUCUCAACUUGCUCCACAAUAUUACACAAAAGAAGAAUUAGAAAAGAUAGAGAAGAUCAAACAAAAUUUGUACAAGGUGGAAGGAGAAAAAGUAGACAACAAAACAAAGUAUUUUUCGAGUGAUGAUUGUUGCACAUCCUAUGAAGAAAGAAGGGUGAAAUCAAAGAUUCUAAAAAAUAGUGUACUAAAAAAACACGCAAAGCAAAUUCAACCAUUGCCCCCACCAGAAUUGCCGAUUCAUCUUAAAAACUUGAUCAAUGUACUAGAUGGGAGGGAUAUCAAAUAUGUCAUGUGUAAGACAUUGUUCAACUCAGAUCUCAGCGAAUACAACAACCGUCUGUCAAUGCCACUUUCACAGAUUAAAUCUGAUUUUCUUACUGAAAUAGAAAAGGCGACACUAAACACAAAGGAUCAACAAGAUAAACCUGUUGGUUUAGAAGUGAUUGUGUUGGAUCCUAAUCAUAAAGAGUUCGCAAUGUCUUUGAAGAAGUGGAACAUGAACACUACUAGUGUUUACAAUAUUGUUCAAAAUUGGACACUUAUUUUGAAGGAAAAUAAAUUUAAAGAGAAGCAAAAAGUCAAUAUUUGGUCAUUCAGAGUCAACAAUAAAUUGCACAUUUUACUUGAUACUUAUGUGGCGCCAGAAAUUGAAGAAAAUGGAGAGUUAAAUGAGAAUAAUGAAAGAAUAAUCGAGGAAGAAAAUGAUGAAGAUUGCUAA